UCGAUGGAACAGUCGCGAGUGUGCACCGUGUGCCUUUUUGGUGAUGGUAUAGCAUAAAUGUAUAAUCAUUCAAUAAACGUUCGUUACCCCCAACUGUUCACUACACUACACUAGUUCAACAGCUAUGAAUUUGUCAUUUGCUGGGGGUGGUUUUCAGGGGGUGUACUACUCAGGGGUGGUGGCGUGCCUCCAAAAAUGUGCUCCCAAUUUAACGUAUAAAAAAGUGUAUGGAACAUCCGCUGGUGCCUUGGCUGCCGUUGCACUUCUCAUAAACCACCUUAAUGAUAAUUUAAUUGGUGAAAUUCUCCGAUUGGCUGCCAUUGGCGAAAGAAGCUUAUUUGGAUCCUUUAAGCACAUCUUCAAUUCAAGUGAUUACAUUUACAAAAUCUUGGACAAAUACCUGCCUGAGGAUGCCCAUUUGCGGGUUAAUGGGAAACUAUGCAUAUCACUGACAACCUUUACGGAUGCAGAAAAUGUUGUCGUGUCGAAUUUUGAUAGUCGUUCACAGCUCAUUCAGGCUCUCGUUUGCUCAUGCUUUAUACCCCUAUUCUCGGGUAUCCUACCACCAUAUUUCAAUGGUGUGCGCUACAUGGAUGGCGAAAUGUCCAAUAAUCGACCAUACUGUGAGAGUUCCGAAGAAAUUGUCACAGUUAGUGCAUUUUCGGGGGAAUGUGAUAUAUGCCCGUGCGAUACGAGUCAACAAAUCCUCCACAUGAAUUGGGGAAAUAACAUUUUAUCGCUGUCUAAGGAAAACAUUAGGAGACUAUCUGGUGUAUUAAUCCCACCAUCGUCGGAGACACUCGUAAAAAUUUGUGAACAAGGCUUUUACGACACCCUGAAAUAUUUAUAUAGGAAUAAUUAUAUCAUGAACCCACGCUGCCUUACUAUAGCAUCUGUAUAUGGAGUGGAAUCAAAGGAAGUCCUCCAGGCGACGAUGGAUGUUUACAAUUGUCCCUUUGGAGCAGGCGCCAUUGAGGAAGUGAGAAAAAUCAUGAAACCCGAACAACUCAUGCCUUUGAUUGAGAACUGUAGAGCCCAUAUAGUGGAGCUUGUGGAUGGGGAGGUGGAAUGUUUGAAUUUAAACUUGGAUACCACUUCGCAUCCCCCAGAUAGUGGGGAAUGCAAAGAAGCCCCCAAAACUGCCACCAAUAUUGCACUGGAGCAUUAUUCACUGAAACAUUGUUUGAAACUCCUCCCUGAAGCUCUUAAAGCAACACGACAAGCACUAACUAGUACGAUAUUGAAACGGCUGCACUCCCUACUCUUUGUCACGAGUACACAAAGGUGUACAGCACUUCAAAGGAAAACGCUCCAUGAAAUGGAGCAUAGCAUUGAGAGGCGCAAUUCUGAUGAAAAAGUUCUGACGCUACUGCAAAAUGGGACAGAAGUAGUACCCCUUCUCUCACUAUGUUACAUCAACAGAGCAAAUCAUAUAGUACAAACAGCAAUUUUCAAUUUAGAUGAUUUGGAUACAAAUAUUGUACCACAAACGCCUUCAGAAAUUGAAAUCAAUCAUCAACUCGAAUUUGACAUGGAGUUUGAAUGUGAAUUAUCAGGAGAAAUUUAUAGUAAAGAUGAGGAUUCAGCACCAAUUGAAUGGGAAAAUUUGGAUUGUCCACAUCACCAAUCAACUCAAUCCGUUGAGGAAAUUUUUAUGAAUACUUUGGACGAUGAAAUGAAUCCUGAAUACUCCAUUUCAUUGGAUGCCACCAAAGUGCUCUCCAGCUCUCUCCAUUCCACACUAUCGCUCUCAUAUUCAACAGCAGAACUCGACCACAUAUGCUAAUAUCAUUGGCAUUUUGUGAGCAUUUUUCUUUGAGGGACGGAGGGGAUUUUUGGGGGAGAAUUUAUGUAUGUCUAAUAAUAAAAAGACUAACCUCUUUCGC